AUGAAGAUCGCUGUGAUUGGUCAGAGCGCCUUCGGAGUUGACGUCUACAAGGCAGUCAGAAAAAAUGGUCACGAAGUGGUGGUGGUUUUCACGAUUCCCGACAAAAAUGGACGCGAAGAUCUUUUAGCGCUGGAAGCAAAGAAAGAUGGUGUCCCGGUGGAGAAACCCUCGAGAUGGCGUCAAAAGAAUGCGGCCGGGAAAUUUGAGAUUAUUCCCGAUAUGCUUUCGUUGUACACUUCCUACGGAGCUGAACUGAAUGUCCUCCCAUUUUGCACUCAAUUCAUUCCAUUGGAGAUCACGGAGGCUCCGAAAUUCAAAUCGAUUAUCUACCAUCCAUCAAUCUUGCCAAAACAUCGUGGAGCUUCGGCGAUAAACUGGACAUUGAUCGACGGUGAUGAAGAGGCUGGAUUGUCGAUUUUCUGGGCCGAUGAUGGACUUGAUACUGGGCCGAUUCUCCUUCAGAGAAAAUGCAAGGUCGAAGAAAACGACACAUUGAACUCAUUGUAUAAGAGAUUUCUCUAUCCAGAAGGUGUUACAGCAAUGGCUGAGGCUGUGGAGAUGAUUGCUGCGGGAACAGCUCCGAGAAUUGUGCAACCAGAAGAAGGAGCCAGCUAUGAUCCUUACAUAACUACAAAACCCGAGUUGGCUGAGAUUGAUUGGAAGAAAACUCAAUGGCAACUUCACAAUUUCAUUCGUGGAAAUGAUAAGGUUCCGGGUGCUUGGGCGACACUGAAUGGAGAGAAAGUUUCCUUCUUUGAUUCAACUUUGUGGAAAGAGGAUAAACUCCCAGAAAACGCUCUUGAAGUUGUAGUCGAUACUGUUCCUGGUGGAAAAGUCUUCGCUCAUGAUGGAGGACUUUUAUUGCCGGCUUCUGAUGGGAAAUUUGUAAACGUGGCUACAAUCAAAAUCGGUUCAAAACAAAUGCCUGGGAAUAAAUUUGGUCUCGCUGAAGAGGGUGGAGAGAAGCUCACAUUGACACCGGAGGAAGAAAAAGUUGCCGAGAAGGUCAAGGAGAUCUGGGCAGGAAUUCUGAAGAGUCAAAUCGACGACUCGACCGAUUUCUUUAUGAGUGGAGCCUCUUCAGCUGAUGUGACUCGAUUGGUUGAGGAAAUCAAAUUCCAUACCGGAAUCGAGAUUGAGCCAGCUGAUGUCUACGCUGGACCGACUUAUGGCGAGAAUGUGACUGCGGUGGUGAAGAAGCAACGCGGGGGAGACAAUGUGGAGAUCGUUUAUGAUGCGAUUGAACUCGAUGUGAACCAUAUGAAGUUGAAGUUUCCCCAUGAGCUGUUCAUCGACGGAAAGUUCCAGGCAUCAUCGUCUGGUCGCACUUACGAAACGAUCAAUCCGGCCACCGAAAAAGUGAUUUGUUCUUUACCCAAAGCUAAUGUCGAAGAUGUCAACAAAGCCGUUGCUGCAGCUAAAAAGGCUUUCGAGGAAGGAGAAUGGUCGAAAAUGUCCGCACGGGAAAGAGGAAAGCGACUAUUCAAAUUGGCGGAUCUGAUGGAACAACACAAGGAAGAAUUGGCCACUUUGGAGUCAAUCGAUUCGGGUGCUGUCUACACAUUGGCUUUGAAGACUCACGUUGGAAUGUCGAUUGAUACUUGGAGAUAUUUUGCCGGAUGGUGUGAUAAAAUUGAAGGCACCACAAUUCCAAUCACCGACGCUCGACCGAACAAAAACCUUUGCAUCACAAAGAGGGAACCCGUUGGAGUUGUUGGUUUAAUUACCCCAUGGAAUUACCCAUUGAUGAUGCUCUCGUGGAAGAUGGCUGCUUGUUUAGCUGCUGGGAAUACAGUUGUUCACAAACCAGCACAAGUGACUCCAUUGACUGCUCUCAAAUUCGCCGAGCUCACUGUGAAAGCUGGGAUCCCAGCCGGAGUUGUUAACAUUGUUACCGGAUCGGGUGCAGAAAUUGGAGAGGCCUUGGCCAAACACAUGGAUGUCCGAAAGUUGGGCUUCACUGGAAGUACCGAGAUUGGGGCACAUGUUAUGGCAAGCUGUGCUCUUUCGAACAUCAAGAAAGUUUCGCUUGAAUUGGGCGGCAAGUCUCCACUGAUCAUUUUCGCUGAUGCUGAUAUGGAAAAAGCUGUGAAACAAGCCUGCACUUCGGUUUUCUUCAAUAAAGGUGAGAACUGUAUUGCCGCUGGUCGAAUCUUCAUCGCCAAGUCGAUUCAUGAUGAUUUCGUAAAGAAAAUGGUUGAGGAGACGAAAAAGAUUCUGAUUGGCGAUCCAUUAGAUCGGUCCACUGGUCAUGGACCUCAAAAUCACAAGGCUCACAUGGAGAAGUUGAUUGAAUACGUGCAAAAAUCGGUGAAAGAUGGAGCCAGAAUUGAAAUUGGCGGCGGUCGAGCUGAUCGUGAAGGACUUUUCUUCCUACCCACAAUUCUUUCCAACAUUGACGACAAGAAUUUCGCGGCUACCGAGGAAUCAUUUGGGCCGAUUAUGUGUGUGAGCAGCUUUGAUGACAAUGAUAUCGAUGGUGUGCUUCGACGAGCGAAUUCAACCGAAUAUGGACUUGCCGCUGGAGUUUUCUCAAAGGACAUUUCUAAAGUUCUCCGUGUCGCCGACAAAUUGCAUGCGGGAACAGUCUUUGUAAACACCUAUCAAAAGACUGAUGUUGCCGCUCCAUUUGGAGGAUUUAAACAAUCCGGAUUUGGAAAAGAUCUUGGCCGAGAAGCUCUCAACGAGUAUUUAAUCACAAAGACGAUAACCAUCGAGUAU